UCAGGGAGGGACGGUUUGGAGGUUCUGCUCAGUUCGCCCCGAGGGUUCUGCGCUGGAGUGGUGCGGGCCAUCGACGUGGUUGAUGUCUGCCUGCGACGCUACGGCCCGCCGGUCUACGUUAAGCACCAGAUUGUCCACAACCCGUACGUAGUCAAUGACCUGGAGUCCCGCGGCGCCAUUACCGUGGAAGAGGUGGAUGAGGUGCCCGAGGGAUCACUGGUGGUUUUCUCAGCUCACGGCUCGCCCCCUGAGGACUUUGAAAAGGCCAAAGCCCGCAACCUUCGGGUCAUCGACGCCGUUUGUCCCUUGGUCACCCGCGUCCACAACGAAGCCAAGAAGUACAGCCGCGAGGGCCGUCGGGUUCUCCUUGUGGGACACAGGGGCCACCAGGAGGUGCGCGGCACGAUGGGCCAGGUGGAGAUGACACUGGUAGACGACAACGUGCCAAGCGAACUGCCCGAGUGGGGUGACGGCGAGGAGAUUGCCGUUCUGACGCAAACAACUCUCUCGGUUCGCGACACCGCAUACGCCAUCGACUCCAUCAAGGCUCGCUUUCCGCAAGCACUGGUGCGCAACGACAUCUGCUACGCCACCACCAACCGCCAGGAGGCGGUGACCAAGAUGGCGCACAGCGUGGAUUUGGUGCUGGUCAUUGGGGCCCAGAACAGCUCCAACUGCAACCGGCUGCGGGAAGUGGCCGCCGCGCAGGGUGUGCCGGCUUAUCUGAUCAACGGACCCGAGGAAAUCGAUCCGGAGUGGAUGGAAGGCAAAGAGAAGGUCGGCGUGACUUCUGGCGCCUCAACGCCGGAAGUGCUGGUGGAGAGUGUCAUCGAGGCCCUCGCUCCCGAGCGGGUAAUAAUGCUCAGUGGUGUUGAAGAAGACGUCUCGUUCACUAUGCCCCAGGAACUGCGCUAG